AAAUUUCUCUCCCUAACACAAGGCACCAGUCGAGCAUCGCAGAGGAAAACUUAGGUCUAACUUCACAGUCGGGCGAUUCAAGAGAGAGAGAGAGAGAGAGAGAGAGAGAGAGAGAGAGCAUUAGAUGGACAGGGAGUGGGGCUCGAAGCCUGGUAGCGGUGGCGCCGCCUCCGCCCAGAAUGAAGCCAUCGACCGCCGUGAGCGGCUUAGAAGGCUUGCACUAGAAACCAUCGACAUCGCUAAAGAUCCCUACUUCAUGCGCAACCACCUCGGAAGUUACGAGUGUAAGCUUUGCUUAACAUUGCACAACAAUGAGGGAAAUUACUUGGCGCAUACACAAGGGAAGCGGCACCAGACCAAUCUGGCAAAGAGAGCAGCUCGCGAGGCGAAGGAGGCCCCUGCUCUGCCUCAACCCCACAAGCGAAAGGUUGCCCUCAAAAAGUCCGUCAAAAUUGGCAGGCCUGGUUACCGCGUGACAAAGCAGUUUGAUCCAGAGACGAAGCAGAGGUCUCUUCUCUUCCAGAUUGAAUAUCCUGAGAUAGAAGAUAAUGCAAAGCCAAGGCACCGGUUUAUGUCAUCCUUUGAACAGAGGGUCCAAUCCUUUGAUAAAAGAUACCAGUAUCUUUUGUUUGCAGCUGAACCAUACGAGAUUAUUGCAUUCAAGGUUCCUAGCACGGAGAUUGACAAAUCCACUCCCAAGUUCUUCUCACAUUGGGAUCCGGACUCAAAAAUGUUCACGUUGCAGUUAUACUUCAAAACCAAGCCACCAGAAGCAAACAAAGGCCAACCCACUCCUCCGGCUAAUGGCACAGCAGCUCCUGGUGUUCCGCCUAGGCCUUUGCCUCCACCACCCCAAGCCCCACCACCACCUCCGCCUCCACCCCAAGGGCCGCCAUCGAGCACUCCAAUGGGAAAUCCGCCGAGAGGCCCACCGCCUCCUCCAAUGGCAAAUGGGCCUAGGCCUAUGCCGCCAGGUGGAAAUCUACCCGCUCCACCACCGCCCCCAGUUGGCGGCGGCGCAAUGGUACACUUCACUCCGGGCCCUCAGAUGGGAAGACCUCCAAUGCUGCCACCUCCUCAGGGUUUUCCGGGGCAACAGAUGAUGGGGCAGGGAGUUCGUCCACCCCCACCACCACCCAGUAUGGGAUAAAUGGUUCAUGUAUACUGUGUCUUAGCACAUCAGUAGAUUCACAACUGCUAUAUUUGUAUGCAAUUCAUCAACCUAGGUCUGGAGAUUGGAUGUGCUGAUUGAACUGUGGUUGCUUAUCUUGAUGUGCAUGACUUCUCAGUUAAGGUUAUCUGUAUUAUGUUUUGAAUUUGGUUUAAUGUACCUUCCAGAUACGAUUCUUUAGCUGGUGAAAUGGAAGAUUAACAGAAGAUACUUCAUUGGCUUU